CAACCCUUCUUCCUUUUUCUUCUUAAUCUUCUUCUCUCAAGCCCCCCUUUUUUAUUGUUAUAUAUAUUUUCUGUCAUGUUCCAUCGCAGUAGCAUCUUGAUGCAGAUAUUGUUCAUCCUCUGUACACUCCUACUACUGGUGUCAUGUCGACCAUACGAAAUUAGAAAGUCCGGAGGAGCAGAAUCAUUAGAGCUCUCUAGACCCAGUCAGUUUCAAAUGGAUGUCUAUUCUCGACCCAGUCGAAGAGGCACAGUACAGCGCAUUCGAUCAAAGAGAAAGAGAAGCGUCUCUACACCUUGUUGGAAUUUGCAAUCAAAGCAUGUAGGCUCAAUAGAUCUAAAUGAUCCCUUGACAAAAAUAACGUUCUACAGGUCUCCGGAAUGUCAGGGUGCUCCUGUUCGGGUACUCCAGGGCACCAGCACCAAACAGCUCAAUAUAAAAGCCCGGUCCGUUAAAGUUGUCCGGAUCCGGCCAAUCUAUUUCUCCACGCCUGAAGACUCCUCAUAAUAUCAUCUAUACAUACACCACCAACACCAAGAAAGUAAUACCAGUAACAACAGCAACGAUAAUAAUAAUCCACAUGUACAGUUAAAUCAACAGCACGCAAAAAAACCCCCAACUCCUUUGGAAUCCUAAGCACGCUUAAUUCUCAAUGCCAAGAAACCAACAAAAAAAAUCAAAAUCAAAAACAAUGAAUUGAAUUGAAUUGAAUUGAAACUUGUAAUAAUCUUAUUUAUAUUUUAAAAAAGAAUAGAAAGAAAAAUCUUAAUUAAUUUGAUUCUUUGGGUGAAUCUAUGUAAAUAGAUACACACCAACACACCCACACAUAUACAUAUAUAUAUAUACAUACAUAUACAUUACAUACAUAAACAAAUAAGAAUUUUACCAUUCCUAAUACAAAUAUAUUUAAUAAACAAUAUACACCUGUCUUUAUUAAAUUAC